AUGAUGAUGAGUCAUUCUUCGACCACCACAAUCGGCGGCUUCUACAGUUUCCUGACGAGCGAGAUCGAACACCUUGAUGGCCUAUUUGUGUCCGAGGAUCUCUCCAUGACCGUCGAUUUUCUCCACAAUGUCCUGACGGCCGUCCGAUCGAUCCACUCCCGGCUGACCCUUCUGGUCCGGGGCCUCGAUUUGCCGGUCGGCGGGAAAUGGCUGGACGAGUACAUGGACGAGAGCUCCAGGCUGUGGGAGGCCUGUCACGUCAUCAAAUCGGGAGUUUCUAACGUGGAAAACUACUGCUCCUUUGGCGCCAACAUUCCGUCCUUGAUCGACGGCCGUCGUGCUCCGACGCCUCACCUUUCGCGCCAGGUCAUUCGAGCAAUCGAUGGAAGUCGACGGGGAAUGCGGGCCCUACAAGAGGAAAACAAGGGCAUAGCCGAAACAAGAGCGCAAACAUUAUGCCUGAAAUUCGACUCGGACAACUAUAAUGCCCUGUCCGAGUCGAAGCUCAACGGGUAUAAUGGCUUUCGAGGUGUCUUGUGCGCAAUGAGAAACGCGACCACAUUGCUUUUGGAGAUUUUACUAAACGGGCUCGUCUACUUUGGGCCCGACACGACUUUGCGCCAAGACAAAAGACAUGAGGACCAAUACUCGUUUAACGGGCCGGGCUUCAUGGCCUCGGCCGCCACAUUGCACCGGAGGAUCGUGCACUCUGUUAGCCGCCCGGGAUGCCAGCCUAGAAUGAUACUACACGAGCUUCGUAAUUACAAAUUUGCUUUGGACGAGCUUAAAAUCGAGAUGGAGGGUGUGGUUAGGCACGAGACGGGUGUCGAUGUUCGUGAAAAGGUGGAUAACCUGAGGGAGUGUCUAGGGUUGUUGCGGUGUGGGGCUGAGAGGAUUGUAGGGCAGCUUGAUGAUUUCUUUGAUGAAAUAGUUGAAAGUAGGAAGAUGCUUUUGGACAUUUGUUCUCAAAGGUAG